GACGCCGUGGAAAUUGGGAUUGACUUCGCAUUCUUCUAAAAUAAAAAAUAAACAAAAAAAAUGUCUAAUUAAUCUUCAAUGUAAGGGACUCCCUCAAGCAAACUUUAUUAUAAAUUUUAGCCAAUGAUCAUUUUGCAAGAGUUUCCCGGACGAGAAAGUGGAGCUGGAUCUUGAGAUUUUGACAUUGUUCAAUCGAAAUUUUGUCCACACGCACUAUAGGAAGAAAAUCAAUUUUUGGUUUGAACGUAAAUUUGUGCAAAAUUAUGAUUCUAGAUGAAAUUGUGUCAUGGUAUCAGAAAAAGAUUGGAACUUACGAUAAGGAGCCGUGGGAGAAAACGGUGGAAAUGAAAAUACUUGAUGGAUUUAACAGUGGAGUAACGUUAAAGACUGCUAAGUUAAAAACAGAGCUGAUUGACGUGGAUUUGGUCCGAGGUUCUACGUUUCCUAAAGCUAAACCCAAGCAAUCACUCACAACCGUAAUACGCUUAUCAAUACUGCGUUAUCUGUUCCUGCCCCUGUAUGCCCAAUGGUGGGUGAAACAAACAUCCCCAAAUGCAUUUGGUCUGUUGUUUUUCGUAUAUAUGAGCCAAAUGGUAAACUGGGCCGUAUAUACAUACAAUGUAAAGGAAGGUUCAUCAGUUCAUAUUGACAGCAAGCCCCCUAUAAAUCAAACCAUUAAAUAUGCGAGUGAUGAUAAAACGGAGACUGAUCGUGUAAUUUCAAUUUCGGAGCUUUUAAUUCCUAUGGCUUUAAGCCUACUUUUGAGUUUAAUACAUUCGCAAAUUGUUGCAACAAACAUAGCACAGCAAGGCGGAGGUGUUAAGUGCAAACGAAGGCGUCACUCAAAUGCUAGCCAAAACAGUGGACGACAAAGCAAACUUCGCAGGCGUAAAAAGCUUGUCAAAUUACGAAGCCAUGAUUUGAUAGAUACUAGAAAAUUUUCAGCCGGGGUAAAUGAGCUCAUAGGAAAGGCAAACAAAACCUCAUUAGAAGUAAUCAAUAGCGUUGGUGGGAAGUCCAGUACAGGACCCGUAAAUACGCCUCCAACAUCUUUGAAAAUUAGUCUUUCAGAACCGCACUCAGCUUUUUCUUCGCUUCCCAAACAAGACCUUGCGGAUUCACUUAAGAACGAUAGUAUAGAAGAUAACCAAUCAGAAUGCUCCAUUGGAAAGAGAAAUGUGACAUUUGCAUCACCUACUCAGGAAAAGCAGCAACAAACAUCACCACAAUCCGUAUCGACAACGAGCAGUACACACACAUCGCAGCACGGUGAAAUCUCAAGCUUGUCUUCAAACAGCCCAAAUAAUUCACCCAUUAAAACUGUUCGUAUUGAUGAUUGCGUCCAAGAAUUUUAUGAUGAUUUAAUUAAUAGGACAGCCAUUACCAACUCCUCCCAACAACAGCCACAGCCCAUUCACUUGGUAGAAAAUCGAGAUGUACGACGCGCUGUAGGAGAUGACGACGGUUUUGAGAGUCUUAAUGGCAAAAGUUCUAGUGGUGAAGAUACAAAUGCUUCUCCCCAAGCUCUACGACUUCGAAGUAUUAUUAAUAAUCACGAGAGGGUAGAACAAUUAGCUGAUCGCAAAAUACGACCCCAGAUACCCGACUCCAAUACAGACCACAUGACACAAAGAAAAAGUAAUAAAUCUCGAGAUGUUAGUAGUGACGAAACAGAAGAGGAGGGUGACGAUGGUGACUUGGUAUCAAGUCCAGCUUCGCAAGGAACAUCGAACUGCAAUGACUGCACGACAUCGGCUACAGAAUGGUUAGGCAUAACAACCAAUAGCGAGGAAUGCAGUUAUAGUUCAGAUUACGAUAACUCGGAUGGUUACAAAGGAAAUCAAUAUUCCGAUGCAAAUGUGUCCGAUUUGGACUAUACGCCAAACACCAUUUUAAAUCCCCAUGGAACAAGUGACAGAAUCAGCUGUACGGUUUGGGACCAUCGCGAAAUCAAAAAGGCCCAAAUGUCAGUUUUAGAAAUUUCCUCGUGCAUCAUUGAGAAUGUCGAGCUUAUGCCGGAAACUAACGACUACAUAUACAUUGGUAUUCUAUGUUCAUUUGUCCUUUCGCUAAUACCAUUCUUCUGUAGAUUAUGUGAAAUAACAAUGGAUUCGGAGAAAGCGAGUGAGAUCAAUUACUUCGAUUUGCCUAUGAUUCUGUGGGAGAAGGCUGCAUUUUCAUUUACGGCUAUAUUUGGUUUUGCCUUUGGCGAUACCAAAUGGGAAAGAACGGUACUGGUUAUUGGAUUCAUAAACCGCUUAUGCUUAACCAUGAUUCUCUUUAUGAUAUUCGGGGUUGCCGAAAGAACUUUCAAGCAGAGAUUUCUCUAUGCAAAAUUAUUUUCGCAUUUGACGUCAUCGAGACGUGCCAGAAAGUCGAAUCUUCCCCAUUUUCGAUUGAACAAAGUGAGAAAUAUCAAGACAUGGUUAAGUGUUCGAUCAUACUUGAAGAAAAGAGGUCCCCAACGUUCCGUCGACAUCAUUGUAUCAGCAGCGUUUAUUGUUACUUUGCUUUUAUUGGCAUUCCUGAGUGUAGAGUGGCUUAAGGAUUCCGUUCACCUCCACUCUCAUUUGAAUUUAGAAGCAUUAAUGUGGUCAAGCACUAUUGGUAUUUUUCUAUUACGUUUUAUGACUCUGGGUAACAAGAUUCACCAUAAAUAUAGGUCUGUCUCCGUAUUAAUAACAGAGCAAAUUAAUUUAUAUUUGCAGAUUGAAAAGAAGCCAAAGAAGAAAGAUGAAUUGAUGGUGUCCAACAGUGUAUUAAAACUGGCAGCCGAUUUAUUAAAGGAACUUGAAACGCCUUUUAAAAUAUCCGGACUUAGUGCCAACCCCUAUCUGUUUACAACAAUUAAAGUUGUCAUUCUGUCUGCGUUGUCGGGAGUUCUUAGUGAAAUGCUGGGCUUUAAGCUUAAAUUACACAAAAUCAAAAUCAAAUAAUGUACCUUACUGCUCUUAAUGCUACCAAUAAUUUAGUCUGUAAUUAUGUACUGUACUGUCUGUCUUGAGUAGAAAUUGUGAAACAAAUAGCAAUUUGUCCAACUGAACAAAAUAUGCAAAUUCAACUGAGAACAAUCUGUUGUGAUUUAUGAUAUAAAUGCUAUCAUAAGAACAUGAUCGAAUAUAGGCAAUAGAAUCUUUUGGAUGCAAUCUUAUAUAUAUGUAGAUGUUAGUUUUAAACAAAACUGCGUACAGUGUUGUUCUAUUUAUAUUUUACUUGUUUCUGUAAGAACUACAAAUAUUUUAAUAACAAAUAAAAGAGGCAUAAAUAUAGUAAAUAAUAA